AUGUCUUGGCAAAACUACGUGGAAAACCUGAUGGCCGACGGCAGCUGUCAGGACAGCGCCAUUGUUGGCUAUUUGGACGCCAAAUACGUUUGGGCAGCACAUGACGGUGGGACUUUCAACAGUAUCACGUCUCAAGAAAUUGACGUGCUGGUAGGCAAAGACAGAGAGACCUUUUACACCUGCGGUCUUACUCUGGGCUCAAAGAAGUGCUCGGUGCUCAGAGACAGCCUGCAGGAUGAGGGGGACUGGACCAUGGACAUGAGGACAAAGAGCCAAGGAGGAGAACCCACGUACAACAUUUCCGUGGGGCGAGCCGGACAAGUUUUGGUUCUUGUAAUGGGAAAAGAAGGGGUCCAUGGAGGCGGAUUGAAUAAGAAGGCUUACUCAAUGGCCAAAUACUUGAGGGAUUCGGGCUUUUAA